AUGGGCAAUAAUUGUCGGCGGAAAUUAUACGAAGCAAAGGAAGAGAAAACACCGGGUAAUAGUGGUUUUGUGAUUGAAAUAUCAAGCGCUACAAAUACAUCUGAUAACAAUCCCGAAGGUUACACACCAGGCGAUAGUUAUAUCGUGAAACUUCGAGGAUGGCGCACAAAGUUUACCGUGCAAGCUUUCCGUGGAUUUGGUAUCUAUGCACAAUUUGAAAACGGGGAACAUGCAGGAAAAUUUGACGUAAUCUUUGUUUAA